AUGGUUAAAUGUACCAAGGAGAGAAUUGUUGGUAAAUAUAGAACACAUUAUGGUGUGUCCCUCAGAAAAAUGGUGAAGAAAACUGAAAUUAGCCAGCAUGUCCAGUAUACCUACUCCUUCUGUGGCAAGACCAAAAUGAAGAGAUGGGUCAUGGGUAUCUGGCAUCGUGAAUCCUGUAUGAAAACAGUAGCUGGUGUUGAAUGGAUCUUUAAUACCAUCUGUGCAGUCAAAUCUGUCAACGGAAGACUGAAGAAAUUGAAAAAUCAAUAAAAUCUUAUAAAAUGUCUGUAGCUCAUAGUCAAAUAAUAAAUGGACUAAUUUAUAGGAAAAAAUGAAUUGGUGCUUUUUUUUUUCACUGUUGCUUUUCAAAAAUCUGCCAUGCUAUUUAACCUUUUUUUCCCUUCAUCUCCUCUCAGCCCUAUAUCUGAUUAUCUUCUCUAAUAUUACACUUACUCCUCUCUGGGCCAUUUUCCAUCAAUGAGUUCCUCUGGGUAUCUCCACCUGCUUCCAUUUCUUCUUAGUCUUGUUUCUGACUUCAAAGCUAUGUCCUACCAGACCAGUAUUUUCAUUACUAACUCUCAUGGAGCUCCAUGUGUGUUGCCUUUUCUUUCCUUUUUCCCUUC